AUAGGAUAUAAUAUAACUUAUUUUCCUCUGUUUGUCAUAACCUUGGACACAUGUAGGUGACGCUAACCUCGCUAUGUCUGUUGCUGGGGUUUGUCAAGGUCUACGGUUCAUCCCGAAUAAGAUCAUAGCGGGGGCCACUCAAUUGCCAUGUUUAGUAUUGGCACGAGGAAAUUUUACCAGAUCAAGGAUGCCUCUAGAGAUUUUUGAAGAGAGAUCAAAAGAGCAUGAAAAAUAUGGAGGUGAUCCAGAGCAACCUCAUAAAUUGCAUAUUGUGACACGCAUCAAAAGUACUAUUCGACGGCCAUACUGGGAAAAAGAAAUGGUCAAAAGUUUCGGGCUGCGUAAGAUGCACGCUCCAGUAAUUCAUAAAAAUACACCUGCAGUUAAUAAUCAGUUGAAAUAUAUCAAACAUCUUGUAAGGAUACAACCACUGAAGACCCCCUAUGGACUUCCUGCUGAGCAAGACAUGGCUGAGACAUAUAUCAACGUUAACGGAGAGCUUAUUGUGAAGCGUUUGUUGCAGCCAGUGGAGACUAAGGCUGUUGAUUCCUAGUGUAUUGUAACAUUUGUUCUGUAAAUACAAGAAAUUUAUGUGCAUUAAAUAAACUUGAUUUGAUUUACUCAUUAAAGGAAUA